GCAUCAUGACGGUGGGCGCGCGGCUCCGAAGCAAGGCGGCGAGCAGCCUCUCGCGCCGCGGCCCCCGGGGCCGAGCACGGUCUCAGGGGGACGAGGACACGGCCGCCAUCCUCGAGCACCCCGAGUGUGCGGAUCCGGCGGCCGAGGGGGCGGCGGGGGCGCGGCGCGCGGGGGGCCGGAGCGCACGGCGGGUGCACUUGGCGGUGCUGCCCGAGCGCUACGAGCCGCUGGAGGAGGCGACGUCGCCCGAGAAGCCCAAGAAGCGGUACCGGCAGAAGCUGAAGAAGUACGGCAAGAAUGUGGGGAAGGUCAUCACCAAGGGCUGCCGCUACGUGGUCAUCGGCCUGCAGGGCUUUGCUGCCGCCUACUCUGCCCCCUUUGGAGUGGCCACCAGCGUGGUGUCCUUUGUCCGCUAGGAAGCACUGCUGGGGCCCAAGCCACCAAUGAAGAUGGAAGCUCCAGCUCUGGGAGAAAACUUUCAGACUUGAACCCAUAAGAAAAAAAAAAAAAAAGGCUCUGUUGAAUGAAUGAAUGCUGUCAGCGUGGUCACCCUGCGCAUCUGCUGAGCUUUUCACGACUGCGGCACCUGCUGGCUCCCAUGGACGAUCCUGCAGAGAAUUUGACCCAUAUCGGGUUUGGGAUUAGAGGUCAUUUGCUGAAACCUGAGCCUUCAUAGAAGACCGUGGCAGGGGGCUGGCAUGGGGACUCACACUGACGCCGCCAGCAUUCUGGGUGGGCAGCGCCAUGGGGAAGGAUUGGGGACUGGAUAGAUGAGACCCUAGAAAGGUGGCAGUGGGCAGGCCGGGCCAGCUCUGGGCAGCUGGAGUCCUUUUGAGGGCAGCAGCGGAGCUGGUCUUUCUGAAGUCGUGCCGCCCCAUUGCCGCCUCCACCCCUGGGUCCCCAGGCUUGAGAAGACGGAAGGAAGACAAACCUCUUUGAAGGCUAGAUGCUUUGAAAACUGCUGCUGCUGUGUUGUGCUGUUUUAGAAGUGGAUAAAAGCCUGUCAUUCUCCCCCCCCUCAGCCAGCAGAGAAGGGGACUGCUGACAGGACCCCUGAGGACUCUUGUGAGGAGUAGGAUCUCGCGUGACCCAGUGUGCAGCCCCCUCCUCCUCUGGGCCAGGCUGAGAAGGGGGCUCUGUGUGCAAGAGGGAGACUCCACCUGGAAAGCAGACAAAGUGAUUUAGAGAAGGAACCCGUACGUAGUUCACAGGUGUGAAGGGAGAGGAGAUGUUGGACCAGACAAUGGAAGUCAGGACCUGGUUGGCUUGAUCCAUGCUGGGAAGAUCCAGGUGGGCUGGCAGGACCAGGAGGCCGGUGGGAGAGGUGCCGCGCUUGGUGCGUAGAACUGCGAGGCCCGUGAGCUCACCUUGGCUGCCUGGGCAGCAUUUUGUUUUCUGUUUGACCCCAGCUUACCUGGGUGCAAAGUUAGGGUGGGCAGACAUCCCGGCCUGACACCCCCCAGGGACGACCAUGGGUGCCCAUUUGGACCAUUAGGGGGUGGGGUGGAGGGUGAGAGUCAAAGGGAGUCUCAUGUCCUCAUCUCUGACAGUCCCCAUGAGAGGCCACGGUUCUAUUUCUAAAAUGUUUAGAAGCUGGCCGGCUGCAGCGUUGAUGGGAAUUUUCCGGGUCUUACAAAGAAGGCUUCCGCCCUCGUGGUUGAUGGGUCAAAUCCAACUUGGUGGUAUUGGAAAGUGGAGAAAGGGGGAGACAGACAGACAGAAGGACAGAAAAAGGGAGGGGUGGAGAAGAAAGCCAAGGCCGUGAAGCUAGACUCAGCUCCAUGUUCCGGAGUGUCAUGUUGAAGAUGAAGUUGGGCCCAAUUCCUGCAUCAUUAAUAUUUGUGAAGAAAAGAGAAAACAAAUGGUCUUGUUUUAGCUCAAACGGCACAUUUCCAGGCCUAUCCCGUAGUUACAGCUCCAGAGGAAAGGAGAGCAGGAAGUGGAGGUGACAGCAGGGUCUUGCUACUGAGAAGAGAUGCUCCUGGGAGGCUGGCUGGUCCCAGGAAGGGAAGCCGGUGGGUUUGGAGGAGCCCCGGGCGGGGCGGGGGGGGGGGACACCCAGUGUCCUUGGGGGUGAAAAGUCAGUGUGGCCCUGGGAGGGGUGAGAGCUGCCAGGUCUGUUCAAGGGAGACCUUCCCUACCCUGCUUCCCAAAUUGGGCACACUAUAAGACCAAGCCAUUUUUGGCUCUGAAAUUCUUGAAGUCUUAUCCCAGAAAUUUCCAAAGUCAACAGCCGCAGGGAUUGUCCAGGAGCCAGACUCACCUUUGCAGAAGAUGAGCUUUUCCUAACUGUCGCUGCUUCUGCUUCUGCUGCUGCUGAGUCCUCACUGCCCCAGGCAGGGCACCCACUUCUCAAGUGGCCUCUUGCCUUUUUUCUCUUUCAUUCCUUACUGAUAAUUGGCUUUAGACAUUUCUCUUGAUGUGUUUUACCCAUUCUUGUACCUGUUCUUGCUUUAAGGUGUAAAUAAAAUUCUCAGUUUCUUU